AGAAGAAUUAAGCACAUGACACCAGAGCCCGUCUACGUUCUCUGCUUGUACGGAAGCGCUGUCAGAAAACCUGCAGAAAACAACAAGAUGGCAUCACACCCGGGAGGAGGCGAUCAAGGCAUUACUAAAGACCAGAUACUGGAAGUAGGAGCCGUUUUGUUAAAAGAUUUCAUCUACGAGCGGGUUCAGCGGCAUGGAGACGGCAAUACUGAAGUGACCAGGGCACUGCUGGGUGGAGGAGAGCUGUGCGACCCAAACCACAAGAAGCUUGCCCAGUGCCUGCAGCAGAUUGGAGAUGAGCUGGAUGGAAAUGUAGAGCUCCAAAGGAUGAUAAACGACUCUUCACUCAGUCCCACAAAAGACAUGUUUAUGAAAGUUGCCCUUGAGAUCUUUUCAGAUGGAAAAUUCAACUGGGGCAGGGUGGUUGCACUGUUCUACUUUGCCUGUCGACUCGUCAUCAAAGCUCUUGUGACCAAAGUUCCUGAUAUCAUCAGAACAAUAAUCAACUGGACCAUGGAAUACCUCCAAGAAAAUGUGAUCAACUGGAUCAGGGAGCAAGGUGGCUGGGAGGGUAUUCGAUCCCACUUUGGCACACCCACAUGGCAGACGGUGGGAGUUUUCUUGGCCGGUGUUCUGACCACUGUUCUAGUCAUUCGCAAGAUGUGAGGGGUGAAGAGAUGAAGAAGAAGAAGGAUGCCUGUAGGAAAUAGGGACUAGAACAUGAAAGAGAACAGAAAGAAGUUAUGGCAGAGUGAACAAGUUGAACAGGAAUGAGCUUGUAU